CCGCAGGUUGCCACGGCAAUAACCGCCUCGUCUCCCAGCAUGCAGCAGCAGUAGCAGAGCGCCCCCCUCCACAGAGUGCGGCAGCAGGUGGAAGUGCAGAAGGGUGGAGCAGCAGACAGACGGACAUCAGCAAGGAGGAGUGAAGAUGGAUGGAUACUCCGCCCCCGUUGGAGGUGGUCCCGCCCCUGCAGACCAGAGCAUGUCAGGAGACCUUGACUCCAUCAGUUCUCUGGACAAGCUUCCAAAUGGGAGCGUAGCAAAGCGGGAGGAGGAGCUGAAGGAGCAACGGGCAGAAGGUGAAGUGGUGAGGAGCAGCCCUGAGGAGCAGCCGGAAAGGAUGGAUAAAGAAGAGGAAAAUGAAAGAUUUGUGAAAGAGGAAGAGGAGGAAGAGGAGCGGCCUUGGGACAAAGAGAGAGGGAAGGAGGAGGAGGAGGAAAAAGAAGAAGAGCAGCCAGAGCUUCCCUGCUCCCCCACCAGACCUUCUUCUGAUGACGGAGGAGCAGACAAAGAAGAGGAGGAAGAAGAGGAAGGAGAAGAAAAGGAAAUGGAGAAGGUGUCAAAGGAGGAAGAGGGAGACCUACAAGAUAAAAAUGGAGGGAGUGAGAAGAAACAGGAGCAUCUCACAACGCCUCCUUUAGAGCAGGAAGAGGAAGAAGGAGAAGAAAAGGAAAUGGAGAAGGUGUCAAAAGAGGAAGAGGUAGACCUACAAUAUAAAAAUGGAGGGAGUGAGAAGAAACAGGAGCAUCUCACGACGCCUCCUUUAGAGCAGGAAGAGGAAGAAGGAGAAGAGAAUGAGGAGGUGGAAGGAGAGGAGCAGAUAGAGAAGGUGGAGGAGGUCAGAGGAGAACAACAUGACGAGGAGGAGGAGGAGGUGGAGGAUGAAUUGACAGGAGAAGAACAGAAGGAGGAAAAGGAUGUAGGACAAGAAAAACAGAAGGAAGUUAGAGAAAAAGAAGAGGAAGAAGAGGAGGAAGCCAGAGAAAGAGAACAAGGAAAGGAAGAGAGGAAACACACUGACAAAGGAGACAAGGAGGUGACAGAGGAUGAAGAAGUUGUAUUAAUGAAAAAAGAGGAGAUUGUGUUGGAGAGGGAGGCUCAGGCAGAAUCCCCCUGCUCCUCCAUCACACCUCCUGAUGAAGGAGGAGUUCAUAGGGAGGAGGAGGAGGAGGAGGAGGAGCAGAUGAUGAAGGGGAGUUCUGACGGAGCUGUGAUGUCAGCUGAGGAGGAGCAAGAGUCCUCAGACGUACUGAAAACAAGCUCCCCCAUCAGUCCAGCGUGUCCUGCCGACCCCCAGGAGGCGAAGGCGAACACACCGAUCCACCAAGCACCUCCCGUUCCUCCACCCGCCACUGCCAACGAGGUCUUAACUGGUAAAGCAGACGCUCCUCCUCUGGCUAAUGGAGGCGUCAGCAAAGAGAAGAAGCGCGCGAUUUCUACUGCCGCUCCUCCUUCCAGAGCCAAAGCUCCGCCCGCAGGAGCUGCCUCAGCGAGGAAAACAAGCGCCGCCUCCCCACUGAAACAGGCUGCUCCACCCAAGACAAAAAGUGCUCCUCCGGCUAAACAGGCUGCUCAAGUUAGGAAAUCAAGCGCUCCUCCUCCUCUUAACAAAGAAAAAGCAGCCGCGAAGGGAGCUGCUGAAGAAACUGUGAAGGCCUCCAAGGCAGCAGGGGGCGCCAAAGCAGCCAUGAUGAUGACAGCCAAGAGUACAGAGUCAGUGGAUGGAGUCAACAGUCCGGGGAGUCGUUCUCCUGGCAGCAGAUCCUCGACUCCGAACAGAGAUGUGAAAAAGGUGGCAGUGGUCCGGACCCCUCCCAGGUCACCUAACUCAGCCCGUGGACGCACACCUCCCCUACAGUCCCACCCCAUGCCUGACCUCACCAACGUGAGGUCAAAGGUGGGAUCCACGGAGAACCUCAGACACUCACCUGGAGGGGGCAAGGUUCAGAUUGUUCAUAAGAAGUUGGAUCUCAGUAACGUGACAUCAAAGUGUGGCUCUAAGGCCAACAUCCACCACAAACCAGGUGGAGGGAAGCUGGAGAUCAAGUCAGAGAAGGUGGAUUUUAAGAGUGUUCAGUCUAAAAUCGGCUCUUUGGAUAACGUCACUCAUGUUCCAGGAGGAGGGAAGAAGAAGAUUGAGAGUCAAAAACUGAGCUUUCGAGAGUCCGCCAAAGCUCGCACUGACCACGGUGCGGACAUCGUCGUCCAGCCCGACUCCUCCCCUCGUCACCUUAGCAACACUUCCUCCCCUGGAAGCCUUAACGCUGCUGAAGCUCCGCCUCUCAACGACUUGGCUGACCAGGUGUCUGCCUCCCUCGCCAAACAAGGCCUGUGAUUGGAUAACCCUGUGCCUACAGACCCCGCCCUCUAAUGUUACCAAGGAAACUACCUGAUGGAAGAAAAGAAAAAAAAAUCAUCAUCCCGCCUUUUUCGUCAUGACCUUCACCUGAUAUCACACGAACAUGAUGAAGAGAUUUUUUGGAGUUAAAGUGAAGCUUUCUGAACGUAACUUACCGAGAUGAAAAAACAAAUUAACCAUAAGAAAAAAACAACCAAUCACAGUUCAGUCAGGUAUUCAGGUAACACAUGAAGCAUUGCUUGGGCAGACAGGUAACCACUUGUCAGAGGAUUCCUGUGCGCAUAUUUUCAGGAAGGCGUUAAAGACGAUUGAUCCAGAAGCCAGCGGUUAUGCAAAGCUUGGCUAGUAGUUUCCCCCCUGCUGUGAGACUUUGUGCUAGGCUAGGUUAAUAUUUCUCCCUGCUUCUUGUUCUAAUGCUAAGCUAGGAUAUGCUAGUAAUUUAUCCUGCUGUGAGUCUUUGUGCUAAUCAAGGCUAGUAGUUUACCGUUUGCUUCCAGUCAAUGUGCUAUGCUAUGCUAGGCUAGUAGCUUCUAUUAUUUAUGCUGAGGAAGGUUACUUAUGGGCAUACCAAGUGAAUUUAGACAAUGUGGAAACUGUGAGUCGGUUCCAGGAGUACUUGAAGGGUUUUAAGGGUCCCUGAAAAGAGCAAAAAAAUAAAAAAUAAAAAGUUCUUGAAAUGGUGCUAUGGACUUCCGGAAAGCUACAGGAAGAACCGACUGUCACAGAACCUACGGGAACAUGGACGGUUUAGGUUAAACGUCGUGCUCGCAGCCAAUCACGACGUCCAAACAAAAACCAGGAAACUUUAGGAUGCUCUGAAUCUGACGAGUUUGUUGAAACAAUCUUAGAGAUCGAUAUUAAAGAUAUUUGAAGAAAUAUCAGAAAUUACAAGGGAUUUGAUUGAAGCAGAUUUAAACCAGGAAAUCCGACUCCUGGAUCAACGUACAGGAUUCACAGGAGUCCUUGACGUGACCCUGGGGUUUGUUUGUGGUGUCCUUUAGGAAAUUAAAAGCGAUAUCCAUCAACUCGUAGAAAAUGGGCUGUGUGUGGGCUGUACAUCUUCACUGGUCUCACGAUUCAAUUAUCCUGUCAACGAUUUGAUUUGAUGCAUCACAGUGGGUUGCAUCCUCAAUUUUCUACACUACUGCAGAUGGCUACUUUUUCCAUCAGUGAAGAAAAGAAGUCAGAUGAAUAUGAGAUCAGUGUCGUCACGGAUGCAGAAUCUUUCACCUCUGCAUUGUGAUGCAUCGUAGAAACGUCUGAAUUAGCAUGUUAGCUUCCUUCAUAAAAAUCUCUCCGAUCAUAUUAACCUUCUCUCUCAUACGUCACAUCUCUCAGCCAAUCAUCACCUCUUCUGUGUUUCUGAAUGCUGUUGGUCCCCUUGACAUCCACCGACCCCCAACCCCCUCCCUGUCAUGAAAAAAAAAAAAUUCCCAGAAUGCAGUUCGAUACCAGGUGCCAAAUCCAUGCUGUCUGUCUCUGCUUGUCGCCUGUCAAAGUGCUUUGUAAUAAUAAAGUUUCUCUUGGAUCGGAUGUGUUUGUUGAAAAAAAUAAAGAUACAUUGGAGGGGUGAAAGGUUUCAUUUGUUCAUAGAAGAACAUGUAUGUUUAAAUGUGGAUUUGAUAUAUGUUCAAAACAUCGAGAACGAUAGAAUUUGUUGAGUAUUUACAUUUAAUGAGGUUCAGCAGCUAGAGGUGUUUCCGUCAGCUGGAGGUUACACUUCCUCAUCGCCAUGGUGACCACACCCACAUUGUAGGGAAAACAAGCAUUGAGGUAAAUUAGAAACACCAUGACUAAGAACAGACAGCUUUUU